GUGGCGUGCGUAUCGCAGACAGCAGACAGGCAGCGUGGAGUGUGUUUUUUUUCUCAUUCAGCGAUCAUUCAAUUCAAUUCAAUUCGCGAUCAAAUUACAUAAAAUAAAAGCCACAAAAGCCAAAUAAACUUUCGAGAUAACUGCGCUGCCAAAUCCAAACCAAAUCGAAACGAACUUUGUACUCCGAUCUAGGGUUUUCGGUGUCUUUUUUUGCUGUUUGUUUUUAUUUGUUUGUUACAAUUUUUGUUUCUGUUUCUGCCAUGAAAGAGAGCAGACGUCAUGGUGGUCGUGUGUGAGACAAAGGAAAGUGGCCAGCCGUGGGGUACGACUGCGACUUCGACUUCGACUUCGACUUGAUGCCGCACGGACCAACGCAACGAGAAACCACAGAAAACCACAGCAACAACAGCGUCGGGCGACCGCUGCAACAAAAACCACAAAGAACUGAGCUGUGUUCAUAUUUCGGUCAAAAUAUGGGCCAGGAGAUAUCCCAGCAAGCAAAUCAACAACAACAACAACCACACCAACAACAACACCAACAAACAGCACAACACAAACGACAGCCACAGCCACUGCCACAGCCAGCAAGGAAGAGUUUCUACAGCAACAACCAAGAGAGCAAGCAGCAGCCCAUUUACACAGCCAGCAGCCAACUGUCGUCCAACUCCAACAGCAACAGCAACACCAACAGCAACAGCAACACCAACACUGACUCCAACAGCAACACCAACGGUAAUUUCAACAACAGCCCGAACUAUCGCCUCCGCCACAAGUACAAUUUGAGCAAACAGAGCUACGAGCGCACGAAGAUCCUGCAGCCAGCCAGCCAAUCGGACACGGACUCCAACUACGCGAAACUCAACAGCCAGUAUCUGCAGCGGAGCUGCUCCCAGAGCUCGGACAGCGGCAUAUACAACUCGUCCUGCCACUGCUCCUCCGUGUCCUCGCUGUCGGCGCUGAGCAGCAGCGGCAGCAGCUGCAGCCGCAGCAGCUCCCUGGUGUCGUCCAGCAAGUCCCAUCGGUCGCUGGACAAGCAGAAGCACUACCUGAGCCACCACCUCUACAUCAAGUCGUACCUGGACAUCUUGGAGGAGGACGAACGGGCGCGCGCGCACUUCAAGUCGGCCCGGCCCGGCGGCAUACGGAACUACACGCCAAAGAUUUUGGCCAGCGGCACUGAGACUGCCACCAGCUCCAACCCCAGCUCCAUUUGCUCAGCGGCAGCCGCCACGAGUGGGCGGCGAUCGAGUGUUUCGGGAGCCCCUUCGACGGGCAAACACUGCCAGGAGGAUCCCGUCGAUCCCGAGAACAAGGUCCAGGAGCCAUCUGUCAUCCGACGGCAGUAUGAUUUCGUUGUGAUUGGCGGCGGCUCGGCGGGCGCCGUGGUGGCCAAUCGGCUGAGCGAGGUGCGCAACUGGACGGUGCUGCUGCUGGAGGCUGGCGGCGACGAGACGGAGAUAUCGGAUGUGCCCGCACUGGCGGGCUAUCUGCAGCUGACGGAGCUGGACUGGAAGUACCAGACGACGCCCUCGUCGACGCGCCAGUACUGCCAGGCCAUGAAGGGCGAUCGGUGCUUCUGGCCGCGGGGCAAGGUGCUCGGCGGCAGCUCGGUGCUGAAUGCCAUGGUCUACGUGCGCGGCUCGCGGAACGACUACGACCACUGGGCGGCGCUGGGCAAUCCCGGCUGGGACUACGACAGCAUGCUCAAGUACUUCCUCAAGUCGGAGGACGUGCGCAAUCCGUACCUGGCCAAGACGCCCUACCACGAGACGGGCGGCUACCUGACCGUGCAGGAGGCGCCCUGGCGCACGCCCCUCUCGAUCGCCUUCCUGCAGGCGGGCAUGGAGAUGGGCUACGAGAACCGGGACAUCAACGGCGCCCAGCAAACGGGCUUCAUGCUCACCCAGAGCACCAUCCGACGGGGCGCCCGCUGCAGCACGGGCAAGGCCUUCAUCCGUCCGGUGCGCCAGCGCAAGAACUUCGAUGUGGUGCUCCACGCGGAGGCCACGCGCCUCCUCUUCGACAAGCAGAAGCGGGCCAUUGGCGUCGAGUACCUGCGCGGCGGCCGCAAGCAGCUCGUCUUUGUGCGGCGCGAGGUGGUGGUCAGUGCGGGGGCCUUGAACACGCCCAAGCUGCUGAUGCUGUCGGGCGUGGGUCCGGCGGAGCAUCUGCAGGAGCACAACAUUCCGGUGGUCUCGGAUCUGCCCGUGGGCAACAACAUGCAGGACCACGUGGGCCUGGGCGGCCUCACCUUCGUGGUGGACGCGCCGCUGACCGUGACACGCAACCGCUUCCAGACCAUACCCGUCUCCAUGGAGUACAUCCUGCGCGAGCGCGGACCCAUGACCUUCUCGGGGGUGGAGGGCGUGGCCUUCCUGAACACCAAGUACCAGGACCCGGCCGUGGACUGGCCCGACGUGCAGUUCCACUUCUGCCCCAGCUCCAUCAACUCGGACGGCGGCGAGCAGAUCCGCAAGAUCCUCAAUCUGCGGGACGGCUUCUACAACACGGUGUACAAGCCGCUGCAGCACAGCGAGACCUGGUCCAUUCUGCCGCUGCUGCUGCGGCCCAAGAGCACCGGCUGGGUGCGGCUGAACUCGCGGAACCCGCAGCAACAGCCCAAGAUAAUGCCCAACUACUUUGCCCACCAGGAGGACAUCGAUGUGCUCGUCGAGGGCAUCAAGCUGGCCAUCAAUGUCUCCAACACGCAGGCCUUCCAGCGCUUCGGCUCGCGGCUGCACAACAUUCCGCUGCCGGGCUGCCGGCACCUGCCCUUCCAGUCGGACGCCUACUGGGCGUGCUGCAUCAAGGAGUUCACCUUCACCAUCUACCAUCCGGCGGGCACGUGUCGCAUGGGUCCCAGCUGGGACGUCACCGCCGUCGUGGAUCCCCGCCUGCGCCUCUACGGGGUGUCCGGCGUGCGGGUGGUCGAUGCCAGCAUCAUGCCCACCAUUGUCAACGGCAAUCCCAAUGCCCCGGUCAUUGCCAUUGGCGAGAAGGCCUCCGACCUCAUCAAGGAGGAUUGGGGUGCCCGCAGAGCCACUCCAGCGGCACCCACCGGCACCCCGCCGGCACCACUGGUGGGCUCCGUUUCGGGCGCUUCCUAGUUGUCCCCACAGCAUCCCAUUGUCCAUCGCUAAUUUAUGUUUCAACUAGUCAAAUGUGAAUUAAUUAAUCGUAUGAAUUUUUGCUGCUACGUUUCCCCCACUCGCCCUUCCCUCCCCCCCAUCGUUGCAUAAGUUUACGUUUAAUUUUUAUGUACAAUUUCGCAUAAUGUUUUUUUUUAUUU